AUGACCGGACUCUUCCCAUCCAUUCCGAUCCCGCAGAUGCUUCUUGCACCUCUUGCAAGACCCACUGCGGCCAUUGCUCGCUCUUCAGUUCUCGCUCUCUUUUCCAAGCUCACCGUCGGACAGCUCGAAGUUCGUUUGCUCGAUGGCACGGUACACCGCUUUGGCGACCCGACACUCGUUAAGAGCAAGCAGCACAACCAUCAAGAAGCCAAGUCCAAAUGCGCAUUCUCGGGAUCCAUCACCGGUACCGCUGGUUCUGCAAGCGCCCCGCACGCCAUUCUUAUCGUCAAGUGCGACACGUUCUGGACACGAAUGUUCUUCGGUGCCGAUCUAGGCUUUGCCGAAGCCUACAUGAUUGGCGAUGUCGACACACCCGAUCUGGGCGCCGUCUUCGACCUCUUCAUUCUGAACCGUGCCAGUCUCAGCAAUCUCGAAAGCAUCUCGGUUGCCAGUACGCUGAUUUCGUCUGCGCAGGGAUUGCUUAACAAACGGUACGCAAACACAAAAGUCGGCAGCUUGCGCAACAUCGGUGCGCACUACGACAUCAGCAACACCAUGUACAAGGCGUUUUUGAGCAGGGACAUGACCUACUCGUGCGCGGUCUUUGAUACGCUGGAUGCCGAUGUAUCGGGUCCACUGCUGGAUAGGUUGAACCAGCAGACGCGGGCAUUGGAAGAGGCGCAACAGAACAAGUUGCGGCUCAUCAUCAAACGAGCCAACAUUCGACGUGGUGAUCGCGUGCUAGAAAUCGGCACAGGAUGGGGAUCAUUCGCCAUGGAAGCGGUUCGCAUGACCGGUUGUACCGUUGAUAGCGUCACGCUAUCGGUCGAGCAGAAAGCUCUCGCCGAACAGCGCAUCGCCGCCGCAGGAAUGCAAGCAAACAUCAAAGUGCAUCUCAUGGACUACCGCGACUUUCCUUCUAGCUGGACUGACCGCUUCGACCGCGUCUGCUCGAUCGAAAUGCUCGAAGCGGUAGGCAUCGAGUUUCUCCCAACCUACUUUGGCUGUGUGGACCGCGUCCUCAAGCGUCAAGGUGGUGUCGCUGUCUUCCAAUGCAUCACCAUGCCUGAAUCUCGCGCUCAAGCUUACUACAAGGGCGUGGAUUUCAUUCGAAAGUGGAUCUUUCCCGGUGGCGUCUUGCCCUCGGUCACCUCGCUCGUCAACGGCGCUACCGACGGAAGCAACGGCAACCUUGUGCUCGACACGCUCGUCUCGAUCGGCCCUCACUACGCCAGGACCUUACGCGAAUGGAAGCUCAGAUUCCAGGCCAAUUUUGAUCCCAUCAUCCGUCCCGCUCUACUCCGUGACCACGACGAGAUCAGCCGCUUACCCGCCGAGGCACGUCAGAAAGAGGUCGAUGUGUUUAGAAGGAAGUGGAUCUACUACUUUGUCUACUGCGAAGUGGGUUUCACCCACCGCGUCAUCAACGAUCACAUUCUCGCCUUCACUCGCGAAAACAACACCACCCUUCCCGUGUGCUCCGGGUGA